GCAAUCCUUUGUUCUGUGAUUUAAACUGACUGAAGAGUCAACCGCCAUUUCUCUGACACGUGAAUUAUACUAUUGUAAAUAUAUUCGAUGUGAAAACUUUCAUGGGUAGACAGUAUGAGUAUGAUUUUAUCUAAUUUUAUCUCGAUUAAGUUUUUGAUAAGAAACAUACCAAAAAUAGACAGAAUGUCAAAUUUAAGGAAAACUAAGGCAAGACGUGAUAGUGAACAAAUAGUUGUUAAUGCUAAAAGAAUAAAUAUAUCAAAAGAUGAUGAUAUAGAUACAGACAUGAGUAUUGCAGUUACAAGUGACAAAGCACUUGUAGAUAUUUCUGAACAAUUAUUGUUAGUGGAAAAGAAUUUGGCUUUUGAGUUAGGGAAAAUUACAUUCCGUUUGCCUGUGGAAUAUGUUUAUAGCCCACUUGAAUAUGCAUUUAAUAUACAUUCUAUGUAUGUAAACAAGUAUUGUACCACUGCUAAAAAAAUGUUAUUUCUUGGAAUGAAUCCUGGUCCCUGGGGUAUGUCUCAAACCGGUGUUCCAUUCGGAGAAAUAAAUAUGGUUCGUGACUGGUUGAAAAUUAGUGGACCAGUUGGAAAACCUGCUAAAGAGCAACCAGACAGAAAAAUAACUGGAUUUCAAUGUACACGCAGUGAGAUUAGUGGAAAAAGAUUAUGGGGCCUUUUUCAAGAAUUAUGUGGGAAUCCAGAAAAGUUUUUUGAACAUGCAUAUUUACAUAAUUAUUGUCCUAUUGCAUUAAUGGACAAAAAAGGCCGUAACAUCACACCAGCAGAAAUAAAGGGACCAGAAAUACAAAAAGUGCAUUCUUUUUGUGACAAGGCUUUGGCAGAUGUAAUUAGACUCCUAAAUGUUGAAAUUCUUAUUGGCAUUGGUGGAUAUGCAGAGAAAAGAGCAUUACUUGUAGUCCAAUCUUCUAAGUUGCCUGUCAAGGUUCUGUGUCUACCUCAUCCAAGUCCACGUGCUGCAAAUAAUAAAAAUUGGAGUGAAAAGGCAACCAAAAAGUUGAGCGAAUUAGGGCUACUUGAAUACUUUACCAGUUAAAUACAGUUAUUAGAAUAUGAACAUUUCAACAAAGACACCUUUAAUGGUGAAGUUGUGAUUUAUGUAUGAAAGAUUUGUUUGAGUUUGAGUUUUGAGCUGUGACAGUUUUAUAAUUUUCCCAAUCUUUAAAUUUUGAUACAAUUAAAUAUAAUUUGAACAUUCAAAAAU